GCACCGUCUAGUCGUAUGGCGCUGAAUUACAAAUUUCAAACCGGUUUGUUUACCUUUAUGUCUUCACGAUUCAAUUAUGUCUACAUUUUUGAAAAACAUAUAUUUCUUCACCAAAAUCUUACAGCAAGCUAGCACAGAAGAAGUAGCAACUUGGGACAAGAAUUCUUUACAAAAUGCUCUCCACUGGGCAGCUUAUUGCAAAGAGAUCUAUAAACAAGUGAUUAAAAAACCUUAUAAGGAAGUAUUCAACCAACAAAUCAUAAAGCUGAAUGCAGUGCAAUCAUCCCCUUUGAUAUGUGGAGACCUUAACCUUCAGUUUCUGGACAAAGCCACUGACAAUUUAAGACAAUUGCUGUUCUGUAAUAGUCAUCUUCCAAAGGAAUUAUUUGAGGAACUUAUUCAAAUGUCCCUGGGAGAAAAGGAAAUUAUCAUCAAACAAUGUGCUGAGCUCAACAGUCUCCAUGCUUCCUUGCAAAUAAUUUCCAGACUAGAAAGAGACAUUGUAAACUGCAGUUAUGACAAAUGCCGACCUAGUAAAACAGGCUCACAUUCGUCAUUAGUUACUAUUGUUAAAAGUGAAAUACUCUGGCAGAGACUUGUCAACCAAAUCUCUAUUAUUUCUGAUGAAGACAGGUUGGACCAGUUGGUAUUAAAAAUCAUUUCCAAUUUACCUGCUUCUAAAGAUGGUUGGGAAAUUCUUCUUUAUUUUCUAACAAAAAAAGAUGUUGACAUUAAUCCUACACUGUGGAACAUUUCCAAAGACUCGUAUUCAAAAGUGUAUCAGUUUCUUGAACAAUUUGUCCAAAACAAUAUCAUGAUGUCCAAGCCUCCGAGCUUAAUAUGGUCUGUAGCAGAAGAUUUACUCUCUCAAGUGAUACUCCUAUCUUUUCCGGUGUUUUCCACCUGCUUACGCCAACUCAUUGACUGGGCAAAGCAAUUUUCACCUCUCUACCACCACCACCAUGACCAACGCAAUUCACUCUACACUUGGCAGUAAGUUUUGUUUUGUUUU